GCGGUUUCUAAGGAACUAAAACCGACCGAGCGGCGUUUCCGCGACGCCUCAGGAAGAAAAGGAAGACGGACGUGAUAUAAGGAAGCCACCGCCGGCCGCUACUAUACCUCCACACAAUAUUCAAUUACAGGAGGGAUCAAGUGGCCGCUGUCUCUCCCUCCCUUAUUUGCAAUAAUCCUAGCUCGAUCCCUAUUCCGUCGAUCGAUCCGUACGUGCGUUAAUUAGAUGGAGAGCGCGGAGCUGCGGCGGGUGUUCCAGAUGUUCGACCGCAACGGCGACGGCAUGAUAACGAAGCAGGAGCUGAGUGACUCGCUGCAGAACCUGGGAAUCUACAUCCCGGAGGCGGAGCUGGCGGCCUUGAUCGAGAAGAUCGACGUGAACGGCGACGGGUGCGUGGACGCCGACGAGUUCGGGACGCUGUACCAGUCCAUCAUGGACGAGCGGGACGAGGAGGAGGACAUGCGCGAGGCCUUCAACGUCUUCGACCAGAACGGGGACGGCUUCAUCACCGUCGACGAGCUGCGCUCCGUGCUCGCCUCGCUGGGAUUCAAGCAGGGGCGGACCGCGGAGGAGUGCCGGAAGAUGAUCAGCCAGGUGGACGUCGACGGCGACGGCAAGGUCAACUUCACGGAGUUCCGGCAGAUGAUGAAAGGGGGAGGUUUUGCCGCCUUGGGUUAAUUAAGAGUUAUUGAUUAAUCCAGCAAUUAAAUUAAAUGGGUUAAUUAAUUAAUUGAUUAAUUAAUUUAAUGAUUAUAUAUAUAAAUAGGGUUGACAGUGAUUAAUCCUAAUCCUGCCUUGCCUGUAUAUUGAACAUG